AUGAAAGCAAUGAAAUUAAGUAGAACUGCGUCGUCUUGCUUGUCGUUAUUGCUAAAACCCUACUCGAGCUUCAAGUGUACAACGACAAUGGCGACGACAGCUAAAAUCUCUGAAGGUAUGAAAACCGUCGAUGAGACUGACGUGGGUAUCUCCUGCUUCAUCUCCCAGCUCCCUGGCUUCCGCGGAAUCCUCAAACAAAGAUACGCAGACUUUAUUGUUAAUGAAGUGGAUAUGGAUGGAAAUGUUGUUCGUUUGACAACCUUGGACGUCUCUCCUGAGAUGGAUGUGAAGGAGGAAGAUAAAACGAAAAGUUCAGAUAAUGAACCCCAAAGCUAUGCUUCUGCAAUUGAGUCGUUCAGAUCAAUUUCCACUGUCACUGAUGCAGAGCGUUUGGAGACUUUGGUUAAUCAAGUCACGUCAGGAACUGAUGGUGAUAUCUUACCGGUUGUUCUUGAUCCAAGUUCUGACAAGUCCAAGAGAACGGCUAUCCACAACUUUGUUAAAGAGAAUUUCAAGUUUCUAGUGACCGACACUGUCGAUGGUCCUGAUUCUUCGUCAAAAUGCAUCCGUGUGCGAUUGAAUUCAGGAGGGCAUAACAGCAGAGGUAAUAAAUCGAGGAAGCGGAAGGAAAGAGGCGAUAAGCCUUUUGAUAGCAGAGGUUCAGAGCAUUGGCCUGAGCAUGUUGGCAAGUUUGUCAAGUUCCAUCUUUACAAGGAGAACAAAGAUACGCAAGAGGCCUUGGGAUUGAUCGGAAAGAUGCUAGGCGUUCAGCCAAAGUCCUUCGGAUUCUCUGGAACAAAAGAUAAGCGGUCAGUUUCAACUCAGCGUGUAACUGUGUUCAAACAGCAAGCUAGCAAAUUGGCUGCGCUUAACAAGAGAUUGUUUGGGAUCAAAGUUGGUGACUUCUGCAAUGUCAAAGAGGGCCUUCUCCUUGGGCAGCUCAUGGGAAACAGAUUUACCAUCACAUUAAGAGGAGUGGUUGCGGAUUCUGAAGAAACUAUUAAAAAGUCUGCAGAAUCCUUGGGGAAAUAUGGCUUCAUCAACUACUUUGGUUUGCAGCGUUUUGGAAGUGGUUCAGUACCAACUCACCAUGUUGGAGCUGCACUACUGAAAGGAGAAUGGAAAGAUGCCGUGGACAUGAUUCUUGAUCCAAGAGAAAUAAAUGAGGCCCGGGAAUAUUACAAAGAAACUGGCGACAUUGACGGAACUCUAAGGCAACUACCACGGUACCUCGUUGCUGAAAGAGCCAUACUGCAGUGUCUGAAGAAAUGUCCUGGGAACUAUCUGCAGGCUCUGAAAGGCAUACCUAGAACUUUGAGAAUGAUGUAUGUACAUAGUUAUCAAAGCUACUUAUGGAACAAUGCAGCAAGUCUGCGUGUCCAAAAAUACGGGACCAACCAAGUUGCGUUGGGUGACUUAGUAAGUACAAAGGUAGAUGAUGCAAAAAGAACUGUUGGCAGUGUAACCUCUGAGCAGAAGGAAAACAACGAAGAGACAUUGGACUGUGACCAAUUAGAUGAUACUGCUGUUGUUGAUCUUCCAGGAGAAAGGAGUGACCUUGUUAAGGUUGUAGGUAAAGAGGAUAUAGAAGCUGGAACUUACUCGACCAGUGACAUAGUCCUCCCUCUACCUGGUUCAAGAAUCAUUUACCCCUCCAAUGACAUUGCAGAGGUUUUUCAUGAUUUGGCAAAGAAGGACGGUAUCAGCCUAACUGAGAGCAUUCACGGUGUAAAGGAAUUCUCAAUAACUAGCAUGACUGGUGGUUAUAGACGUGUUUUCCAGAAACCAAUCGACUUUGAAUGGGAAUUACUGACUUACACUGACAGCAAUAAACCAUUGGCAGAGACAGAUCUGUACAGGAUAACCAUGGAAAAGCCGGUGGAUAAGGUUGGAGAAAUUGAAGAUGAAUCGAUGAAAUCUGAUACUAACCCACCUGAAACCGAUUUGAAAGACCAGACCGACAGCAAGAAGGAUGAAAAGGACACUGGAAACCAAGAUUCUGAGCAGACACAGUUGGCGCUCAAAAUGGCUCUUACUCUUCCAUCUUCAUGUUAUGCAACAAUGGCAAUCAGAGAGCUGUUAAAGACAUCAACUUCUGUUGCAUAUCACAAGACACUAAACUAG